AGCUCACUUACGACAACCUCGGUGAACUCACGUACUUGAGCCAAGUGAUGUCAGAAUCGUUGAGACUCUAUCCUGCGCUUCCAGGAUCGGUGCGCAGGAUAUGUGAUCAAGACUACGAGUACAACGGGGUUCGCAUCCUCAAAGGCAUGAAUGUUUCUGUUCCCACCCUGGAUGUACACUACGAUCCCGCACUGUGGCCAGAACCCAAAAAGUUUGACCCUGAACGAUUCAGCAAGGCCAACAAGGCUAACAUACAUCCAAUGUCGUACUUACCCUACGGAUUCGGACCGCGGAAGUGCCUAGCGUCGGCACUGUCGCAAGUGGUGAUCGCUCUCGCAAUGGCCCUUCUUGUGACGAGGUACAGGUUACUGCCCAGCGGCAAGUACAAAGACGAGCCGCCAAAAUAUGCUGCAACGACGUUACUGGGCUAUCCCAAGGAAGGUAUCUGGCUGAAACUGGAAAAAGCUUAAGGGAUGAACAAAAGAACGUGAAUCAACGUCCGUUUUGGUAUGUCUCUUGAAGUGCCAUCGUCGUUUAUCGUUUCCAUUCCAGCAGCGAGCUGCACUUUCAACUCCCCACAUGGCUGAACUCAAUCGCACGUUUUCUGUUCUCUCGCCUCGCAGCUGAAAUCACUCGUCAAUAAAGCAAUUUGAGUUGUUU